AUGGAUGACGAAAACUAUGCAUCGUCCGAAGACUCGGACUUUGCGCCACAGAACGUGCCCGACCACGCAUCCGCGGCCGACUCGGACGACGAUGACAAUGACGACGACGAUGAUGCCAACGCGACGACGUCCGGCCAGCGGGCAGGAAAGCCCACCAACGGGGAUAUGGAGGCAGAAGAUGCGGGUUUUGAAAACUCGGGCGACGAGGCAAUCAUCGGCAAAGGCAAGAAGCGGAGGCGGCGAGACAAGGACAGCGACGGCGAAGACGGCGACGGCGGCGUGGGCGGGUUUGUAAAGACACGUAACCAGCGUGCAAAUGAGAAAGCAGAACGGCGAGCUGCGGCUGUCCAAGGCCCGGUCACGGUCGAUGUCGACGCAAUCUUCAGCCAGAUGAUGGGCGGUGGAGGAAGUAGUGGUUCCGAGGUCAGGGCGCAGCAGCAGCCGGAUCUUUCGUCGCUCGCCUCGGCAGCCAUGUUUGCAGCAGCAGGUGGGGAUCGUAACGACGGCAAAAAGGAAAAGACCGAGACGGAAACGGAUGGCAAGGACACGGCGACGACCUCGGGCCGCACAGAAAUGAUCAAGAUCAAGCGCACGUACAACUUUGCCGGCCAGGUGCAUACGGAGGAAAAGAUUGUCGCACGCGACUCGGCCGAGGCCAAGUUAUACCUAGAAGAGGUCGGCGCCGACAAUGUCGAGAUUGUGGCUGUGAGCAAGGAAGGCGAGAGCGACGGAGGUGACAGCGACAACCAGCCCAUGCGCCCGCCACCCCGCAAGGCAUUUCGCUCCGUGUUUGAGCCGAUCCUGGACCCGUCGCUCGUCCAGGUGGGCGCCCGUACCGAUCUCGACCUGGGUCUGGCCGCCCGGCUGCAGGCACGCGAGCGCGCCGCUCUACAGAAGCAGCUGCAGGCUGCCCAGGACCAGGCCAAGAAGCUCACGACGGUGGAGAAGAGCCGUAUGGACUGGGCCGGGUUUGUGGAUCGCGAGGGUAUCCAGGACGAGCUGGCCGUGGCGGGAAAGUCCAAGGGCGCGUUUGUGGACCGGCAACAAUUCCUGGCACGGACAGAGAUGCGGCGCGAAGAGGAGGCCCGACGUGCGCGCAUGGCUGGCAAAGUGUGA